CAAAUGUUGAUCCACUUUAUAAAGGAAAUUUUGCAACUACUGAAGAUUAAUUCUUGGUUUAGAACAAAUUCUGCAAGUGCUGAAGAUUGGAGAAAAGCAAUAUCUAAAGUUGUACCAGCUGUAGUUGUUUUGAAAGUUACAGCAUGUAAAGCAUUUGAUACUGAAUGUGCAGGUUACAGUUGUGCUACAGGGUUUGUUGUUGACAAGAAACGAGGAAUUAUACUUACUAAUCGUCAUGUCGUCCAAUCUGGCCCUGUGGUUGCUGAAGCUAUGUUUGUUAACAGGGAAGAAAUUCCAGUUUUCCCUAUCUACAGAGAUCCAGUCCAUGAUUUUGGUUUCUUUCGUUAUGAUCCUGAUACCGUGCAAUUUCUGAGCUAUGAAGAGAUUCCUCUAGCACCUGAAGCUGCGUCAGUCGGACUGGAGAUUAGAGUUGUGGGUAAUGAUAGCAAUGAACAGGUAUCAAUUCUGACUGGGACACUAGCUCGUCUGGAUAGAGACGCACCCCGGUGCAGAUAUGAUGGUUACAAUGACUUCAAUACGUUCUACAUGCAAGCUGCAUCUGGGACAAAGGGGGGUUCAAGUGGUUCCCCGGUCGUGGACUGGCUAGGAAGAGCAGUGGCCUUGAAUGCAGCAGGAAAAGAGGAAAGCGCUUCAGCAUUUUUUCUGCCCUUAGAGCGCGUUGUGAGGGCGUUAAGUUACAUUCAAAAGAGUAAAGACUCGUGUGGAAGUGGAUGGGGGUCUGUAACUAUUCCUCGUGGUACACUUCAGGCAACGUUUCUUCAUAAGGGCUUCAAUGAAACACGUGGGAUUGGACUCACUAGUAAAACAGAACAGAUGGUCAGGCACGCAUCACCAGCUGGCGAGACAGGAAUGCUUGUCGUUGACUCUGUGGUGCCAGAUGGCCCAGCCCAUAAACUGUUGGAGCCAGGUGAUGUUCUUGUCCGGGUAAAUGGAGAGGUUAUUACUCAUUUCUUAAAAUUGGAGACUUUACUUGAUAAUAGCGUGGACCAGAAGAUUGAUUUGCUGAUUGAAAGGGGUGACAGUUCAUUAAUUGUAAAUAUAAAGGUUCAAGAUCUGCAUUCCAUCACUCCGAAUUCUUUCUUGGAAGUAAGUGGAGCAGUAAUCCAGUCUCUUUCUUACCAUCAGGCUAGGAAUUUUCGCUUCAAAUGUGGUCUAGUGUAUGUUACCGAACCAGGAUACAUGCUUUCUAGAGCGGCUGUUCCUCGCCAUGCCAUAAUAAAGAAAUUUGCAGGGAAGGAGAUAUUAAAGCUGUAUGACCUAAUAUCGGUGCUAUCUGAGCUCUCUAAGGGUGCCCGAGUUCCUUUGGAAUAUAUAAGCUAUUGGGAUCGUCAUCGCAGCAAGUCUGUCUUGGUCACUGUUGACCAGCAUGAAUGGUAUGCGCCUCCUCAGAUAUAUACCCGUGACGAUAGUAUUGGUUUAUGGACAUCAAGACCUGCAUUGCCUCAUCGGCCAAUGUUUUUGUCAUCAAGUAUCAAAUGUCACAGAAAUACACAACCAUCUGAAACUAAUUUGUUGACUACAAGUGAGGCUGCCAGGAUAGCACCUAGAGUUCAAGAUGCAAAAAAAAUCUGGACGGAUGGUUUAUGUAGAAAUGUGGUUACUGAUGAACAUGUUGGGGAGGAGAGACAUUUCCGGGUAGAAUCUAAUGUUGGGACCAAGAAGCAACGACUGGAUGAUUAUUUGUCUCUUGAGGACCGCUCCAUACAUGAAACUGUGGAGGAAAGGUUGGCGGACACAAGAUAUCUAGAAAAUGCUGGCCGUGUAGAAGAUUCAGGAGGUGCAACAGCUAAUGCUUCAGUUGCUGAACGAGUAUUAGAGCCAACUCUUGUCAGGCUUGAAGUUCAUGUGCCACUGUCGUGUCAGGUGGAUGGGGUGGACUCCCAAGACUUUUCUGGAACUGGUGUUAUUGUUCAUCAUUCCCAAAGUAUGGGUUUGGUUGCUGUUGACAAAAAAACGGUUCCUGUAUCUGCUUGUGAUGUAAUGCUCUCCUUUGCUGCAUCUCAUAUCGAAACUCCUGGGGAGGUUAUUUUCCUCCACCCUGUUCAUAAUUAUGCUCUCGUUGCGUAUGAUCCUUCCUCUCUAGGUGUUGCAGGUGCCUCAGUUCGUGCUGCUAAACUUUUACCUGAACCUGCUUUGCGGAGCGGUGAUUCAGUGUUUCUUGUGGGUUUGAAUAAAAGUCUGCAAGCAACGUCGAGGAAAUCGAAUGUUACCAAUCCUUCUGCUGUAUUGGAGAAUUGCUGGCCUGAUGACUGCCCAGGGUACAAAGCAACCAAUAUGGAAGUCAUCGAACUUGAUACCGAUUUUGGUAGAUCAUUCACGGGUGUGCUCUCUGAUGAGCGUGGAUUUGUUCAAGCUAUGUGGGGAAGAUUUUCUCAGAUGAGCUUUAGUGUUCGAGGAAUUCCUAUUUAUGCAGUCAGUGAAGUUCUUGACAAGAUUACACAUGGUGGCAGGGGACAACUUCUACAUAUGAAUGGCAUCACAAGGCCAAUGCCUCGUCUUAGAAUCUUGGAUGCUGAACUUUAUCGGAUUUUACCUUCCAAAGCCAGGAGUUUUGGAUUGAGUGACAGUUGGAUCCAAGCUCUUGUGAAAAAAGAUCCAAUACGGCGUCAAGUGCUACGUGUUAAAGGGUGUUUGGCUGGAUCAAAAGCUGAAAACAAAUUAGAACAGGGCGACAUGGUCUUAGCAAUCAACAAAGAGCCCAUUACAUGUUUCCAGGACAUAGAAAGGGCUUGCCAAGGGUUGGAUGAAUCUGAAGAGAACAAUGGUGCACUUAAUAUGACAAUUUUCCGGGAUGGACAAGAAAUUGAUGUUAGUGUGGGGACUGAUUUUAGAGAUGGCAGCGGCACUACACGAAUGGUGCACUGGUGUGGAUGUAUUGUUCAAGAACCUCACUCAGCAGUCCGUGCACUUGGGUUUCUUCCCGAAGAAGGGCAUGGCGUGUAUGUGUCUAGAUGGUGCGGUGGAAGUCCAGCACAUAGAUAUGGUCUCACCGCUUGCCUGUGGAUAGUUGAGGUCAAUGGAAAACUCACUCCUGACCUGGAUUCUUUUGUUGAAGUGACAAAGAGACUGGAGCACGGGGAGUUUGUUCGUAUAAGAAUAGUUGGGUUAAAUGGGAACCCUGAAGUGCACAAACUUAAGCAGGAUCUCCGUUACUGGCCUACAUGGGAACUAAAAUUCGACCCAAAGACAGCAUUAUGGAAACGGAGAACUAUCAAGGGACUAGAUGGUAGUAGCUGUAGAUGUCGAACACACACACAGAUGCCUAGGAACAACACUGAACUGUAAAGUUAGCAAGCCAAAUAUUCGCCAGUAGUCUUGAUUUUUGUUAUUCUUGUUCUUCCAAUUUUUGGGUGAACAACAUUCAUAAAUAGAGCAGUGAUCACAACGUGUAAAAAUUCAGUUUCCCUGUAAAGAAACUAUGAGGAAUUAAUUGAAGCUGUUGCAUUAUAAAAUGCCGGUGAAACUGUAGUACA